AAGAAACGAUCAUGGAGUUGUCACACUUCAACUCGCUUUGGCCAUGGCGUACUCGAUCCUGGCCUCCGUCCAAUGGUACUUCCAAGGCCGGUCGCGGUACGGCGUCCGUGGAUAUGAGCAGAUGCUGGCCAAACACUCGAGCGCCGCACCGACAAAGGACCUGUCGAGCCAUCACUUUAUCGUAACCGGCGCAAACAGCGGGAUCGGGAAGGCGGUCGCGGAACAGCUUGCCGCCACGGGGGCGCACGUGCAUAUGGUCUGUCGCAACCCGGACCGUGGCGAAGCAGCCAAGCAGGACGUGGCCAAGCUCGCGCCGUCCGCCGACCACGUCCACCUGCACAUCGCCGACCUGAGCAAGAUGUCGGAAGUGCACCGGUUUGCCGACUCGUUUGCGUCCCAAACUAGCGUGCUGCACGGGUUGGUAAACAACGCUGGCAUGCUCAUGGACAAGCAAGUGAUCACGGAGGACAACAUUGAGAGCAGUCGCGCGGUGGCGUUGCUGGGUACGUACUUGCUCACGUCGCGGCUGUUGCCGCUUCUUCAAGCGGCGCCGGACGUCGGCCGGGUGGUCAACAUGUCAAGCGGGGGACAGUUCCUGGUCUCGCUCGACACGGACGACGUCCGCGGGGUCGGGCCCGCCUACACAUCGCGCAAAUAUGACGGCACGAUGGCAUACGGCCAAGCUAAAAAGUGCCAAGUCGCCCUUACGCGCCAGUUUGUGAGGCGGUUCCCGCUGGCGUCGACCCGCGUGGCAUUCCACGCGAUGAACCCCGGGUGGGCCAUUACGAGCGGCACGGAGCAGGCUCUGGAAGGUUUUACGAAGCGCCACCGCCACCUCAUGCGCGACGCGCACCAGGCCGCGGACACGGCCACAUGGCUGUGUGUGUCGGACCAAGGCGGCGCCUCGUCGGGGUUGUUUUACUUGGAUCGUGAACCAGUCGCGACGGAAAUGCCGCUGAGUGGCACGGGCUACACGGACGCCGACUUGGACAAGUUGUGGGCAGCCUGCGCCGACAUGUUUCAUUUCGACCCGACCGAGCCCCAGAAGCUCUAGUUUUUUGCACCACAUUUCGUCGACAUACUAUUAAGAGGAAAAAUACUUUAUCACACACGUUUAGGUUACUAGCACGAGAGGAAUAUGUCAAGCUAAGCAACGUUCUUGUUGUUUUGGAAUG